AUGGCGCUUUUGAACCCGACUUUCAUAUUUGGAGUAAUCGUUCUCCUCUACCUAUUGUCCUUUAUUUUAUUUGCCGUCCUUCGAAUCUUGACCGGCAUCUCUAUUCAGCGCGUUGGAUACUUUUCUUUAAGGAGACUCGCAUACACCCCGAAAGACGGAAUAAAGAUAGAGAUACGUGGGUUGGGCCUCCAACUCCAUAGACCGACCUUUGCACAGCCAACAUGGGUCAGCAUCGUUUUGCAGGAGCUGGCAGUUACGGUGGAUUUGAAGGCAACGGAGAAAAACAAGCUUGGGGAAAAUGAGGAAGACGAGGAAAAUGAAGGAGAAAUUAAACAAGACUUGGAUGGACCUCAGGAUCCAGAAUCCAAGAAACGCCGCCCUACUACACCAAAGGACAACGCGGGGAUUCCAAGAAGCAGAACUUGGGAGCAUUUGACAGGAAUCAAGAAUCGCAUAAAACUCCUCCACCGUAAGAUCAAAUGGAUUCGGAUGUUUGAUGUGGUCGCAACUAAUUCGGCCAUCAAUAUUGUGGAAGUUGGCCAGCUCCAGAUCGGGAGUUUUACCAUGGCAGUUGAUACCCGGCGCAAGAUGAUUGACAGAGGGAGGAUGUUUGCGCAUGUGAAGACGAUUGAAAAGGAACAGCGACCUGCUGAAUGGAUGAUGACGGUUCGCAGUAUGCUUUUUACACCUGAAGGGAAAGAGUCGGAAGAAGUGCUCGAUCACGCAACGCUGAAUAUUCAUGGAUUUUUGUACCAGGAGUUUGAUGGACUCCGUGAUGCUGCUGUUGCUCUGAAGUUGGGCCGCGUGCAUAUACCAUAUGACGAUAUCACUGCAUGUUUCGAUAGAUAUCAGAGCUGUCGUAGUCAUUACGGAGGGGUUCGUCCCCAGGUUAAAGAAAUAUCUGUCAACGAUCUGAUACAAGAGCUUGAACAACCUGGGAGUCGAGAAGAACAUUUAGUGCGAACAGUCUCAGACUCCAAAGAAUUUGUAAGCUCGAUCCUACGCGGUAUCAAAGAAGUGCAAUUUGCUGUUAGUUUCGUUGGUUUCACGAAAAAGAUCGAAUCCGUCCGACCCCGAGGUGCACCUAUGUAUCUCAAUGCAUCAAUGAAAGAGGUUGGUGUGGAUUUACAUCGUCUGGAUCAGAAAUCCCCAGCCCAUCGAAUGUACUUUGCUUCCAAGGAUGUUGCUCACCAGGCUCUGGUUGCUGCACUAUCGAUUGCAAUUGGUAUCAAUGAUGGGCAUAGCAAAAGGGACAGACUCGUCUAUAUCCCAAUGGCAACCACUACCAUUCGGACAACACUUCCAUCAAAAACCAUCCAAGUGACCAAAGACAACAGCGCCGACGAGCGGAAUGCGAACAUUCUUUUCGCUAAUAUUGUGAUUACAUCUCCGUCGGUGGAUUUGGAUCCAAAACACCUCCCACUAAUAUUAGCCAUGGUGCAAGGGAAACCGAAGAGGAAAGCCCAUUUGGCACCUCGAAGACAUGUGGUCAUUUCAAGGCUUUUACCUAAAGCAAAUAUCAAAUUCUCGAUGCACGAGCCGGUGAUCAGAAUAGCGCUCCCUCCUGUGGAACCAAAAGCAGAGCCUGAUGAUUUUGAUCUCAUCAUAUCUUCAAUAUCCUCUAUCUCUUUAGAUAUCGAGUCUUCUCAUUCGGCAUCCGGAGACCUGCACUAUGCCCUCAUAUCCUCUCUCAGAAUCCAGACCCAUGAUUUAUAUUAUCAAACAUCUUCAGGGGCGCAUUAUCAACUGGUCCACACGGAAGCCUUUGAGCUAAAAGUCCACGUUACUGCCAAUCCAGAAGUCUUCGUUGUUGCAAAUGGGAACUUGAAGGUGUUCUCUAUACAUAUGGUUCGCCCCGAAAUAAGCGAUGGUGUCCGGCAGAUUGUUCGUCAACUUCGUGUAAAUGUCGAGCCAGAGAAAAAAGUGCGGCCAAAAACAUCCCGCGAUCCAAAUUUCAUCAGGGCUUUGCCACCAUGGCUUCUCCAUUUCCAAUUGCAAGGCUCGGAAUUUAGUGCAGAGGUUGCCGGUGUAGAUGAGGACAUAUCGAAUGACACUCGCGGCGUUGCACUUCAUCUAGAAUCCUGGACUGCAGAAUAUCAUGUCCAGAAGUUGGAAGCCGUAGAUAGAAAACCAUCCCGUCGCCGAGCAGCGAGUCGCUCCAUGACACCGGACGCAGAACUAUACUUAAAGAUGCCGAAAUCGCCAUCUAAAAAACAGCAACAUCCAACUGAUGGUAGGCGAAUUGCUUUUCAUGUUCGCGGCUUGGAGGCAUUCGUCAUCGAGUCCACUGAGAAAUGGGAGGCCGAUCCUUUUGUGAUGAUGCCGCGAUUCGAGGUUGCAUUCUCUACAGCAUGCGAUAACCAAGGACCGAUAUUUCAUAUCAAUUCACAUGUCAGAACCCUCCUGGUUCAAUACUCACUCUAUCGCCAUUAUGCUGUGGGUGUUGCUACGACAGUCCUGAGGCGAGCGUUUCUCCGUACUAGGGCGGACGACGAAGAAGCAGAGCAAGCUCGCGCUGCUUUUGCACAUACUAGGUUCCAGUCGCAUCUAUCACCAACGGCCCCUGAAGACCUUCAUUCUUACGAAUCGUAUGGUUAUCCUUUCCCCACCAAAGAGCUGGUGACCAUCGACAUCCGCUCAACAUUGGUUCAGAUCAAGGCAACUAUGCCUUCUGAUCCCCCUAUUAUGCUGCAAAUAUAUGGAAUGGAAGCUGGCCGCCAUCGAUGGUCACCGCCCUUCUUGCACGCUAAACUCGCGAGACUGUACGCUGAAGCACCGAAAAUGCCACACAUAUGGGCAAGGAUGGUGAGUGUUAAGGCACUGAGGGUUGAUCUACGUGAAAAUAGAAGAAAGCGCAACACCGGGGAAGUUCUUGAAGAGAGGAUGAUUGAUGUCACCACAGAAGCCAUACGAUUAGCAGUCCCCCAUCAAUUAGUUGUCCACAGGAUCUCUGACAACCUUGUGAAUACGCUCAAGUCGGUUCAACAAUUACACCACCGUUUUGCGACUGGCACAAAUGAAUACAUCCUUGAAAAGGGUCCUGAAGGUCCAAAGAAUGUCCCGAAGGUUUCUAUUAGAAGUAAGGCACUGUUAUUCGAAGUGGAAGAUGGGGCAUUCGAGUGGAAGCUUGGAACUAUAUAUCGCGCUGGGCUUGUGGAGCAGGCACAGCGUUUGGCUCGCGACACGGCUUUUGAAGUGAAGGUCAAGAAGAUCCGGGAAGAAAUGACGCAGAGGGAGCCGUCCAAAUAUCGCAACAGAUCAACGCAUCCCCGAGGUCGUAGCAAUCAUGCACAUGAAUCGAGGCCGCGGAGUAAAAGUGAAAAUGGCGAUUCACGAGAUCUUGCGGGUGACGAACAUCGAGGUCGCCGGAUGCGUUAUGAUCCGGAAGGUACCUGCGGUUUAAGUGCAAAUACCAAGGUGUCCAUCUCAGAAGCUCGAGCAGCUCUCCAGCAGCAUAAUGCUCAAAGCUGGAAGAAUCGAAUUGACCGAAUUCUCAGCCACGCUAAAAACGGAAUGAAGGAGUUACGAGGUGUCUUUUGGGGCCCUGACGAACUACCAGAUGACACGGAAGAAACAGAAAACAUUUUGGAGGUGCCACAGCGACCAGCCCUCAUGGGAACCUUGAUCAGUGACCUACACAUCCUGAUUGACAAGCCGUCAUUUCCUAUAGGCCAAUUACCUGAAUUCCUCCAUCGCGUAGGCAAAGGGAUGCCUCAUGACAUGAAGUAUUCGCUUCUCAUUCCAAUGCAUGUUCAGAUUAACAUGGGAGAGGCGCGUGUGACCUUACGAGAUUACCCUUUGCCAUUAUUACAUGUCCCUGCCAUGAAGCCCGGACAAUCUACGAGACUGUCGGCCUGGUCACUUAAAACAGACUUUGUAAUCGCAGAGGAGUACCGUGGGCCUGAGUCAACUCGACAUGUCAAGGUUGAUAUUAUCUCUCCAAAAAACCUUGGGCCAGGGACGUCUAACGCAGGUGGAUUUGCGAUUGAUGUACGGAGAACCGUAUCACCAGUAAAGUCAUACUCCGACAUCAAGGUGGACAUUAAUACUAGUUAUCCUACCCGAAUAACAUGGGGAUCAUCAUAUCAACCAGCCAUUCAAGAUAUGAUGAUGGUCAUAGAAAAUUUCACCAAACCUCAGAUUGACCCAUCAGAUAGGACUGGUUUCUGGGACAAAAUACGUCUAAGCUUCCACUCCCGUGUCAGUGUCGCCUGGAAGGGAGAUGGCGACGUGCAUCUUAUGCUCAAAGGAACGAGAGACCCGUACUUGGUUACAGGAAAUGGUGCGGGAUUCCUUAUGUGCUGGAGGAGUGAUGUAAGAUGGAACAUAUGCCGCGAGGAAGACCCACGAAAAUUCAUGACAGUGGACAGUGGAGAAUAUAUUCUUGCUAUUCCAGAUUACAGCCACCAAGCACGGAAUACAGAGAGGCAAGACAGAGACGACGCUAGCGUGAUGAGCUCUGAUAAUUUCAAACGGGGCGCGUCUUUCAAAAAGGUUGUCAUGAAGUUGUCAGGCAACGUACAGUGGAUGGCAGGUUUAAUGUUUGAAAGAAACUUGGACCAACCGGGGAAGCGAUCCUUCGAAUUUGAGCCUCACUACAAGGUUAUUACGAAAGAACCUCAAUUUGCCAAGGCACCACAGGGUCUUGAGUACGACGCUUUCCGGGGCUUUCGUAGUCAUCACAUACACAUGUCGAUUGCUGUGAAAGCUCCUGUGGAUCGCGAGUGGUCCGUAUCGAACUCUAGCCCGUCAAGAAGCUACAACACCGUACACUUGACGCCCCGAUUCUUCACCCACUUCUUCGCUUGGUGGUCCAUGUUUGGAGGAGCCAUGUCACUCCCAAUUCGCCAAGGAACGUUAUGGCCUGGUAUCGAGAAAUCUAGCAAGAAGUUUGGUCGGCAUUUAGCCACCAUCAAAUACAACCUACUUCUCGCACCUUUAUUCUUGAGUCAUAUUUACAAGCACAAAGACGCCGAGGACUUUUCUGAAGAUAUCGUCUCCGCAACGGGCUUAAAAAUGAGGCUAGAUAGCUUCAUGCUUGACGUUCACCAACGGCGUGAGGAGUUUCUCACUCAGGAUCGAGGUCGCAAAACACAAGUCAAGACUAGCGGAAUGAAGAUGCAUCAAGCCCAAUUGGAUCUGCUGUCCAUGGACAUUCGAGCCAUAUCAGCGAGCAUAGCUGGAACAACGACCGAGGAUCUCCAGAAAGCCUCAGCUCCAUUUCUAGUAUCACAGCAGGACAACGGUGCAACGGAUCUUUCUUAUUUUGAAAUACCCGAUCGUGAUCUAAGCUGGAUCGACAUGGAUGAUUUCGUCGAACUCGAUUGGAUUCUCCCCUCUGAGGCAAACCCUGAGACGAAGAUUAUGCCUCUUGCAUACGCCCCGCGAUUUACGUAUUUCCGUCAGACUGAUCAUGGUGAUGCCAUCUCUGGUGACCCCAACAGAACCAGCCCUUUCGGCCACGAGCCAACACAUUUUUGUAUCAUGACGAAAGAUGAUGAUCCUCGCCGUGUCCAAUGUCAAUUGAUUAAAAGUCGAUUGGACCAGCUCACUCGUCAGAUAGAAGCGCACGACAAAGCUAUUGGCGAUAUGGAGCUCAACAUCAUCAGAGAGGAAAAUAACAAGACUCUGAAGCUUGAAUAUGAGCAGUUACUAAAGCAUGCCUCCGUUCUACAGAACAAGAAGAUCUUCCUCGAAUCCAUGUUGCGUCGCAUGAAAGUAAACUUACACAAAGAGAAGAAAGGCACUGCGGACGGUGGGGACGAUACCGAUGACCCUUACUCUCCACGUGAACCCGAGACACCUGGACAAAGUUUGGAGAACGCAGCUGCAGAGUUCGUCAGCGACUUCAACAACAGAUUCGUGAUUCACAAUAUGCAGCUGAAGUGGAAUAAUAUGUUGCGAAACAUCAUCCUUCGCUACAUUCAUCAAGUGAGCCAAAGACGUGGCUUUGUUUACUAUUUAUCAAGAAGGGCUGUUAAGUUCAUUCUGGAUAUUGUUGAAGAGCAAAAUAAGGCGAAGACUGGUAGACCAACUCCAGCUACUGAAACAAACACUUCUGAUGAAUCGGCAAACCAUGAAGAUGGAACAGGAAACCUUGAAGAGGUACAGGAACGCAUCAACGAGCUCCUUGCUGACGGGAAGAAUUUCGUCAAAGCCGAAGACGACAUAGCGCAUGAAACAGCUCAAAGAGUCUCGGUUGACAACCUCGAGUCAAACAUCGCUCAUGAAUUCACACCGCAAAAUAGCUACCACUUGAGGCUAAUCGCACCUCAGAUUCAACUCCAGAGCGAGAAAAAUAAGAAAGCCGUUGUUCUAGUAACUGGGAAAGGUAUGGAGCUCAAAGUUGUGGAAGUUAUGGAUAAGGAUCGUAUCUUCGAUGAUGUUAGUGGUCUCGUGCAACGUCGAUUUUCCGUUGAAAUGGACAGCACACAAUUCUUUGUUACCCACCAGAAGUGGUUCUCGUCACAGCUACUCUCUAUGUACUCCGGGAGCCACUAUGGAACCCCUGCUGGAUCUGCAUGGCCACCUUGGGUACCAAUGGAGGUGAUGUAUGAUUUCCAAGGGGACCCAUUUGGUUUCAAGAGAGUGGUGCAAAAGACAUCUGCAAGCUUGCGUUACGAUAAGUACAAUACCUUGCGUCUCAAAUAUAAUGACGAGGUCAGCAGCGGCACCAGUCGCAACCCAACGAGUCCCGACAUCGAAAGUCGAAUGGAUCAUCUGUGGGUUGAAUUCCCUCAGAUACGAGCUCUCUGUAAUUCCGCUCAAUACUAUGCAAUGUACAUCAUUGUCAUGGAUCUCUUGAUGUACAGUGAGCCAUUGGAGAAGACAAGGAACGAACGCCUAGAAAAGAUCAUGCUUGCCUCUGACUUUAGUGAUCUGCGAGGAGCCCCCGAAAUGGUGAUACGACUACAAGAACGCAUCAGUCAACUGAAUGAGAUCAAGACUCAAUUCCAAAUUCAUUCCAAAUACCUGGAUAAAAAGGGCUGGGAGGACAGAGUUUUGCUCGACAAAGAUCUCACUCGCUGCGAGGAUGAAUUGUUCUUCAUGAUGAAAGCCAUCACUUCGUCUCAAAGGAAGUACGAUGGCACGCAGACUAGUGGCUUGUUGAGGUGGAACAUCUCCUCCGAUCAGAUUGUCUGGCAUCUUGUACGAGACAACAAUGAACCCUUAAUGGAGUUCCAACUUCAAGGAGCUGAAUAUGAUCGAACCGAUAAUUCGGAUGGUUCUCAUAUCAAUCUGAUGCAAAUAGGGAAAAUUGUUGGACUUAAUCUACUGCCUGAUGCUAUGUACCCCGAUAUGUUCGCCCCGUACUCCGACGCCGAACGAGGUACCUUCAGCGAAGGUAAUAACCAGCAAAUGCUGCGUGUCUACUGGUAUAUGCUUGAGGCAAUUGCAGGAAUCCCAGUUCUCGAUCGUUUCGAGGUCAAUCUUUUCCCCAUGAAGAUUCAGCUUGAGCGAGAAGUUGGCAAACGUUUAUUCGAGUACAUGUUCCCUGGAUCCGAAGAGAAAGGCACGAAGAACAAGUCUCCGUUCAUGAUCAAGCAUAUGCAGCCAGUCGAAGAUGACGAUGAAGAUAUGGACGACGAUAGCACUACCGCUCUCUCUAGCGGUGUGACCGUGACAGAUAUAGAUUCUUCAUACAACACUCGAGCCGGGUCACUAGAACUCCGGCUGCAGCCAACAAUGACUUCAGAACACCGUCCGGCCACUUCAUAUACUAUGGGAAGCAAAGCCAGAAGUUUACAUUCUUCUAAUGGUGAUGGACAUCAUUUCCGCCUGUUUCAAUCCAAGACUGGAAACGGCAAAACUUUGGGUAAAAAGUCCUCUCUUGACAGUUUGGGAUCGGCAUUCCAAUCUCGUCCACCCACUAAUCGUGCAUCGACUUCUGCUUCGAACUUUGAUGCCAAUUCUACAACCAGUGACGGCAAGGUGAAGCGAUUUGGGAUUCAUCGAAAUGGUGGCAAGCAAAAGGAUAAACCAUCCGAUGAUCUCAGUAUCAUGAUGUCCAGGGCUUCAAGUUACAUGUCUCUCGCCUAUGUCAAGAUGCCUAGUGUAGUUCUCUGCCUCAGCUACAAGGGCAAAGGAGAACGCAAUAUCGAGGAUGUUCAUGACUUCGUCUUUCGGCUCCCCUUGAUCGAAUACCGCAACAAAACAUGGUCCAACCUCGACCUCGCCCUUGCUCUUAAAAAGGAUGUCAUUAAAGCUCUUAUCUCUCAUACCGGUGCCAUCAUUGGUAACAAAUUCAGCAAACAUCGUCCCAAUGUCGCACAACAGACUCGCCUGAGGGAACUUGCUACUAGUAGUAUGGUUCUUGCGCCGUCGACUGAUAACUCGCAUGAUAAUAGUGAUGCUUCCAGUUCUAUGGCUAGUAUUAGUGCGACGAGUCCUACUGAUCGACGCAGUGAGAGGAGCAGAAGUCCUAGACGCUCUUUUACAUCUAGCAGGAAUGGAACUUCAAGUGGCCUAGUCAGAACAUCGAGUGCGGGGUCAAGGGAGAGUAGUCUGAACUCUUUCCCUGCUGGACCAAUGCCCGGUCCCAUGCCAAAGUUGCCACAGAGUCUUACUAUGACACCUGUUCGAUAUAAUGAUCGCGAGCGCAGGGCGAGUAACCCCGCUGAUUACGAUACUCAUAGACCUACUUCUUCGAGGAGAAGAAGGGAUGAUGGACAGGAGUCUACGAAGAGUGCUGGGGCAUCAAGUUUCCUUUCACGGCUUAAGAAGAGGACUGAAUCAGGGCUACGUAGUCAUUCAACUGAGAGGGAGGCAUCGUCUAUGGGCAAUGGAAAUGGAGAUGAGGAGGGGACGAGACGGGGGUUGGGGAAGAGGUUCUUGGGGGGAUUAAGUUAA